CCAGGCAAAUCGCACAACCUAACGAUAAUAUCAGAAGCUGGCAUUGAGUACAACCGUGGCGACUUUCUAGAAGUACGAGGUGAUUCCGAGAGUCACUGGAUCGCCAUCCUACUCGAAGGGCGCCAAAACUAUUUGCGGGUUUGUUGGAUGUAUCGGCCCUGCGAACUGCCCACUGAAGUCCCAGAAUCAAAAAAGGGGGAUGCUAGAAUUUAUAAGUCAAACCACAUGGACAUUAUCGACGCCUCGAGCGUUGCAUCAAAAGCAGUACUCGUAACGAAACCUUCAUCGUACUACUGCAUCAAGAGGCGAAGAAUAUUUUAUCUUAUGAAGCGUACAAGUACCUUGCGACAAAAAAUUGAAGGUGGUACAACCAAUGCCAGGCUCGAAUAG